GCAUUGUGAUUUCAAAUAAAAUCCUUUUUUCGCGUCUAAAUUCCUAGAUCCGCGUCUGUAUCAAUAGUUCCAUUUGUUUCAGAUUCAAUUUACAAAAAAAACUGAUUAUUUCUCUUUCUGAGGAACGUAUCAACCACUACAAACAGAUAUCUAGCUUCUCAACUGUUGAGCAGCUUUCAGCCUUGGAUGCUCUUUCUCUCUCCUUCUAUUGUGUCGACCAGAUGGUCUGGCUUCUCGACAAUGGAUAACCGCAACCUGUUGCUCAUUUUGACAUGUCUGCUGCUAUCACUGGGCUGUGUGGCAUUGUGUGUUGUGUACUACUGGAGGAAACUGAUCGUGGUCAAUAAAAACAUACCCGGGCCAGAACAGUCCAUGGUGUCUGGAAACUUGUGUGAAAUCAGGAAACUCAACAAACGAAACCUGUCCUUCCAACUCAUUCUCAAAAAAUGGCACGACCAGCACGGAGAUCUGUUCAAGUUCCGAGUGUUCCACAUGUCAGUGGUGGUGGUCGCAGACCCCAGGGAGAUCCGACGCCUCCUUGCCGACGGAGACAAAUUCCCGAAGUCCCGAAGAUACGAGGAGUUCAACGACCUCUAUGGAACUAGGUUGAUUCCGCAGGGCAUUCUCGUGGAGCAGAACCAACAGACUUGGCUCAUCAAGCGACGCAUCCUAAACACAUUCUUCAAACGCAGUGCGAUCGACGACUACCUGGAGUGUUUCAAGGAGUCAGCUGACAGACUGGUGGGUCGCAUCCAGGAUAUCAUGGCCAAGCAGGGGGACAGUCAGGAACCCAUAGCCCUCUACCCUCUGCUCACAGAAACUGCACUUGAUAGUGUACUCAGGGCACUGUUCAACCUGCACAUAGACAAAUUCGAGGGUCUGGCGGAGAAGGUGGGCAAGAUAUUCCCAGCGAUGCAGGCACAACUCAGAAGUCCCCUCCGAAAAGUGUUCCCUGGUGAUAAGGAGAAAGAGGUGGCCCAGGUGUUGACUGAGAUCCGAGAGGCCUGCAAGGACAUUAUCAUGCAGAACUUGGAUAAGAAUGUGGGACUGCUGAACAAGAACUUCUGCGAACAGGCUCUAUACGAAAGUUCCCACAUAGACGAAGUGGUAGACGAUGUGUUGGUGAUGGUCUUGGCAGGCACUGACUCCACGGCAAACACUCUCGGAUUCCUGCUGAGGGAAAUGUGUCACCACAAGCCAUACCAAGACAGAAUGUCAGAUGAGAUCCGAACAGCAAUGAGUUGCAAGGAUCACUUUCCCACUCGGAACUUCCUCUCCAAAUUGGUGUUCACGCAGCAGAUGAUCAGUGAAACUCUGAGAAAAUAUCCGACCAUCUGUGGGACCACCAGGACUUGCAAAGAGGACACUUUAAUUAAUGGACUCAUGGUCCCAGCUAACACCAUAAUUAUGAUCAGCACCUAUUUGGUGCAUCAUAAUGGCAAAUAUUGGAAGAACCCUUCCAGUUUCAACCCCGGCAGAUUUGCAGCACAAAUCAGAACCCCCCAUGUGGUCAAAAUUGUGACAACCCCCCAAGAUGAAGGAAAAGUGGACAGAGCAGAAGACGAAGAAACCGAUGAGAACCAGAACUUGAUCCGAAAGCGUAAUUCCAUACCCGAAGCGAGCGAAAUUCCCGGCGGAAACAUAUUUCUUGCUGAGGCAAAACUUCUGACAAAAAUUAUCCCAGCUUCUAUAUUGGAAAAUUCAGUAGAUAAACUGCAUGAGCAAAUUACGGUCGAACAACCGGAUGCGACCUUUAAGCCGACAGAGCAAACUAGCGACGAAGCCGAAAAAGAAGAAAAUGACCCGAUUAAGAAUGGAUGUUAUUUACCCUUCUCCAGAGGUCAACGCGUAUGCAUUGGAGCAAAUUUUGCGAAGAUGGAGAUGCAAAUAGUGCUGGCGCGUCUCUUAUCCGAAUUUGACAUGGAAUGUGACAACAACUCAACCAGUUUCCAAGAAGUGCUCGCUCUAAGACCAGAUGACUCCGUGCCAAUGCGAAUCACAAAGCUCCUCAAACGUUAAUUACCUUCUCCGUUCAGAUAUUCCCCACAAUUUCCUGCUUUUACAUAAAAAUUAUGAUUCAACGUGAUUAAUAGAAAAAUCAGAGAACUGUCAAGCCUUUACAGCUUGAGAAUAUUUAGAUUAGAAAAAGAGUCUAUAACAACAACACAAGUACUUGAUGUUAGUUUGUUGCAUCAAGAAAAAAGUUCAUUACCAAGAAACCAUUUUCAGCACCGUGAAUUAUAUUUCUGGCUUAGCAAAUCGAUGAAUAGCCGAAGAGAGACAGAUUGAAGGAAUGUUGAAAUACAAUCUGACUAACUGGAAACGAGUAUCUCAAUCCUGAUAAGCCAUUUGCUCAAUUUGGGAAUGAUUUUGU